CGAGUCCGUGUCCAAUUCUAGUGAUUAGAAAGCGGUCGCAUGUAAACAGGUGUACAGGUGGAAAAAGUGAAUUCGAUAAUGGGUUUGGGGGGAAACAUCCCGUCUUGGAAUCAACAAGUGGCAACGAACGUCAAAGAAGAAUCACAUCAUGUGUCCAGAGAUAAACGUGGUCAAAUCUUGGGAAAAGGGGACUUCAAAGGUUUUCGUGGUUGCACAAUAUGGUUCACCGGUCUAUCAGGUGCUGGAAAAACUUCAAUUUCGUUCGCCUUGGAGGAAUAUCUUGUGUCCAACGGAAUCCCUUCUUACGGAUUAGACGGCGACAAUCUAAGGUCUGGGCUAAACAAAAACCUUGGGUUUUCAAAAGAAGACAGAGAAGAAAAUAUCAGACGAGUUGCAGAAGUGGCAAAACUUUUCGCUGACGCCGGCCACGUAUGCUUGUGCAGCUUCGUAUCACCGUUCGUUGAGGACAGAAAUAUGGCCAGAAAAAUCCAUGAGUCUUCCGACCUUCCAUUUUUCGAAGUCUUCGUUGAUACCCCAUUGGAAAUAUGCGAAAAACGUGAUACAAAAGGUUUAUACGAAAAAGCCAGGAAGGGUAUUAUAAAAGGUUUCACUGGCAUCGACCAAGAGUACCAAAAACCUGAACAUCCUGAGCUAGUACUGAAAACUGCGAACGCUUCUGUUAAUGAAACGAUGAUGUUGGUUAUAGAGAUGUUAAAAGAAAAUGGAAUUCUGCCACAGCACCUCCAAAAUGACAACAUAAAUGGAUUUGAUAGUUCUGCAUCUCCAGUGAAGGAAUUACUUAUCGAUGAAAGCCGAAUAAAACAAACUAUGGAUGAAAUUCAAAAUUUACCCAAAGUAUCCUUAACCACUAUUGACUUGCAAUGGUUACAAGUUCUUAGUGAAGGAUGGGCUACUCCACUGAAUGGAUUUAUGAGAGAAGACGAAUUUUUACAGACAAUUCAUUUUAAUACAUUGGUCAAAAAUAAUAAAACUUACAAUCAAAGUGUUGCAAUAGUAUUGCCUAUUUCCACAGACGAUAAAAAUCGUAUUGACGGUAAAAAAUCUGUCGCUUUAUAUUUUAAUGAAGAGUGCUACGCUAUUCUCAGAAAUAUUGAGGUCUAUUACCAUAGGAAAGAAGAAAGAGUCGCCCGACAAUUUGGAACAACUCACAAAGACCACCCUUAUAUUAAGAUUAUUUAUGAAUCUGGUGAUUGGCUCCUUGGAGGUGAUCUGGAGGUAUUAAAAAGAGUUAAAUGGAAUGACGGAUUAGACCAAUACAGAUUAACACCCAACCAGCUUAGACAGCGUUGCAAUAAACUGGGAGCCGAUGUGGUGUUUGCCUUCCAACUCCGAAAUCCAAUUCACAAUGGUCAUGCUCUUCUCAUGACGGACACCAGAAAACAAUUAAUGGAAAGAGGUUUCAAAAAGCCAGUACUGAUUCUAAAUCCUCUUGGAGGUUGGACCAAAGACGAUGAUGUACCAUUGAACGUGAGAAUGCUCCAACAUCAAGCAGUUUUGGAAUCUGGCGUUUUGGAUAAAGACAGCACCAUAUUAGCCAUAUUCCCCAGCCCAAUGAUGUACGCUGGACCUACUGAAGUUCAAUGGCAUGCUAAAGCUAGAAUGUGUGCCGGUGCUAAUUGCUACAUUGUGGGCAGAGACCCCGCCGGAGUACCACAUCCCGCUGGAAAGGACGCAACUCCAGAUGGUAACUUGUUCGAGUCUUCUCACGGCAGUCGCGUUCUUGGAAUGGCUCCGGGUCUGGAACAGUUGGAAAUAAUUCCAUUUAGAGUAGCUGCUUACGACACCGUAAACAAAAAGAUGACGUUCUUCGAGCCGAAUAGAAAGGAGGACUUUGAUUUUAUUUCGGGGACAAGAAUGAGAAAAUUUGCCAGGACAGGAGAAGAACCACCAGAGGGAUUUAUGGUACCUAAAGCUUGGAAGAUUAUUGAAGAUUAUUAUCAAUCUAUUAUUAACAGUUAAAAUUAACUUAUUUGAACAGUAUUAAUACAUUUGGUUUUUGUAUGUUCUCAAAAUUUGUUAUUGUUACUCAUGUAUAUUUAA